GCCGAGCCGCACACGGAGCAAGAAGUCUCUUGGACUUGACGAUCGAGGAAUUCAGGACUUGGGACAAAUUUGCCAGCCCUUGACCCUGGCUGUGUGAGCAGAGCUUCAAUGCUGAAGAUGGAGCCUCUGAACAGCACGCACGCCAGCACCGCAGCCCCCAGCGGCCCCCUGGAGUCCCAUGUGCCGGGCAGCGGCAGCGGCAGCGGCAACGAAUACUUCUACGUUCUGGUGGUCAUGUCCUUCUACGGCAUUUUCUUGAUUGGAAUCAUGCUGGGCUAUGUGAAAUCCAAGAGGCGGGAGAAGAAAUCCAGCCUCCUGCUGCUGUACAAAGACGAAGAGAGGCUCUGGGGGGAGGCCAUGAAGCCGCUGCCCACCGCGUCCGGCCUGAGGUCGGCGCAGGUGCCCAUGGUGCUGAACGUGCUGCAGGAGAGCGUGGCGCCCGCCCUGUCCUGCACCCUCUGCUCCGUGGAAGGAGACAGCGUGAGUUCCGAGUCCUCCUCGCCCGACGUGCACCUCGCCAUCCAGGAGGAGGCGGCGGACGACGAGCUGGAGGAGACCUCGGAGACGCCCCUCAACGAAAGCAGCGAAGGCUCGUCGGAGAACAUCCACCAGAACUCCUAGCACCCCCAGGACCUCUGGAGGUGGCCGCAUCAGCCAGCACCCGUAGAGCGAGGAAGGGCACUUUUCGCGUCUGGUUUCACCUUUGCAGGGCAACUGCCGCUUUCAGGAGACCCUCGGCAA